AUGAGUAACAAAAGAAAUCGAUUUAGUCCCUUGUGGAUAACUUGUUUUUGUGCUGAUUCUCGUGCUGCUGUUCUUGAAGAGGCUGAUGGAAAGUUGGCUCGUUUGAUUCAGAAGGGUAAUCUGCCAGCAAUUGAACGUGCUAUGAGACGGUUAAAACAACCACUAACAAAUUUAACUGUAACAGUCAAGCGACGUCAUUUGAGUACAGCUUAUCCUUGUCUAGUCGAUCAUCGAGCAACUGGAACAGAUCCAUUUAUUAAUUUUUACCAGGAAUGUUCUCCAGUAAUCUGGGCUGUGGAUUGUUUACAGUGGCACGUACUGCCUUUAUUGACACGUUUCGGCCUUGAUGUUAACCGUCCACAAAGUUGUCGUCGUUGGACCUAUAUCUGUGCUCCUAGUUCCCGUCCCAAUACAGCACCAUAUCGUAGAUUUUGGACGCGUGGUCGCUAUACAUAUCAGUCAGCAUUGGAUUACUUUUUUGCUAGUGUCUAUGAAUUUGUUGGGGAGCAUACAACAAGUUAUAAUGGAUUAAAUGGACCAAGCCCAUUGGCUUUCUAUUUUUCACACUUACCAACAAUAUUAUCAAAAGGUGUAGAUGUACACCGCAUUGAUUCAGUAAUUGUUUUCAAUUCACUUGCAAUCAGUUUCGAUCAGUAUUUAUGUCGAUACACUAAUGAACAUGCUAUAAUACCAGACAUACCCGAAAACGAUGAUUCAUUUGUUGAAAUGCUUACUGUGAAACGUUUAAUAGAAAAUGGCUUUUCACAGUUUGAAUGUAUGGAUUAUUUAUAUCCAUGUUGUAAUUGGUUCGGUAUCCUGUUAUGCCUUGUAUGUCAUCCUAAAAUUGACUCAUACUGUAAUACAGUAUUACCAUCAAUCAUAAAACAGUCCGCUUUGCUAUUGAUUAAUCUGCUUGCUUUAAAAUGUACCUUUCCUUCAGUUGAAGAUUUUCGUGAAUCCUUGGAAAAUCUUCAUUUGCGUAAAGUUUAUUCAAAACGUUACGGUGAAAGACGUGAUGAAUUCAAUGUCCGUUUAGCAGCAUUACAUGAACUAUGCCAAAAUUUUAUUGGUCAGCCGUUAAGUUUAAAAAUCUUAGCUAGAAAUAUAGUCCGUAAACAAAUUGGUGGUAUAAAUUUCUGUGCUAAGACAACAGCUAUUGGAUUACCAUCUCAGUUGAUAACGUAUAUUCAAUACAUCAACCAAGAACAUUUAAUUGCCAGUGGUAUGCCGAAGCAAUUGGUAAAACUGGCUCAAGGUGAAUGGGUUGAUACUAUUGGAAGUAAUAAUUGUUCAAGAUCGCGUUCAGUUAUCAGUUCUGCACUGUGCUUUAAUACUGAACACACUGACCGACUUAUCAACACUUUGAACCGAACAAACUAUGAUGCAAACUUUUUGGAACAAACAAAUAAUCCCAAUGAAGAAUUACCAGCUAGCACUUUUCGACGUGGUAGAGCAUCAGAACGUCAACAUCUUGCAUGUCAACGAAGAAUUCAUAAUGAUGUUUGCAAUAUUAGUACUCCUAAUAGUCAUAACCAACCCCUUCGUCCAACUUCAGCUCCACUGCCCAGAACACUUUUAAUCUAG